AAAACUUUCAACCUGACAUUUAAGUAAAAAUGUUUAAACUCUCAAAACUCUUUAACCCGAUAUCGAAACAUUUGCGAAAUUUGCAACCUAGACUUCGAUUCUCUUCAGAAAGCGAAGUUCCAGUUUUUGACCACUUUUAUGAUUGCUUGGUGAUCGGUGCUGGCGGGGCAGGGCUUCGAGCUGCCUAUGGUUUGACAUCGAAAGGUUUCAAUACUGCUGUUGUGACAAAAAUUUUCCCGACUCGGUCCCACACUGUGUCAGCUCAAGGCGGCAUAAACGCAGCCCUAGGUAACUACGAACCAGACAAGUGGUACUGGCACUUCUUCGACACCGUCAAGGGCUCCGACUGGCUAGGCGACCAAGACGCCAUUCACUACAUGACCAAAAAUGCCCCCACUGCAAUCUUAGAACUGGAAAAUGUCGGAAUGCCAUUCUCGCGAUUCAAAGACGGCAAAAUAUAUCAGAGGGCUUUCGGGGGACAGUCUUUGGAAUGUGGGAAAGGGGGCCAGGCCCAUAGGACUUGUGCGGCGGCUGACAGUACUGGCCAGUUUAUGCUGCACACGUUAUAUGGACAAGCAGUAAAAUACAAUUGCAAAUUUUUCGUCGAGUAUUUCGCUUUGGACUUGAUGAUGGAUGAGGAUAGGUGUUGUGGAGCCAUUACUUGGGAUUUGAGUAGUGGGACAUUCCAUCGCUUUUUUGCAAGGAAUACUGUUAUAGCGACUGGGGGGUACGAAAGGGCAUAUUUUUCGUGCACAACAGCGCAUACUUCGACCGGAGAUGGGACGGCGAUGGUCUCGCGAGCGGGGCUUCCCUUGCAAGAUUUGGAGUUCGUCCAGUUUCAUCCCACAGGCAUCUACGGUGUCGGGGUACUUGUGACUGAGGGAGCAAGAGGAGAAGGCGGAUACAUAACCAAUAGUCAAGGAGAACGUUUCAUGGAGCGAUACGCCCCUCAUGCUAAAGACUUAGCAUCCCGAGACGUAGUCUCCAGAAGUUGCGCUAUGGAGAUCCUUGAAGGCCGAGGAGUAGGUCCCGAAAAGGACCACGUCCAUUUAGAACUAAUGCACUUGCCGAAAGAACUCAUUAGAAAACAAUUACCGGGAAUUACGAACUUAGUAGCCGGUUUUGUAGGCCGCGAUGUAACAAAAGAACCUAUUCCUAUUGUACCUACAGUCCACUAUAACAUGGGUGGAAUCCCUACGAAUUAUAAGGGACAAGUUAUCACCCAAUCGCCGGAAAAAUGCGAACAAUUCGUCACGGGACUUUACGCUUGUGGCGAAUGUGCUUGCGUUUCAGUCCAUGGAGCAAACAGACUUGGCGCUAAUUCUUUACUUGAAACUGUUAUUUUUGGUCGUGCUGUUGCUCAUGCCAUUGGCGAGUGUAACAAACCGGGCGAUGACAUUCCACAAGCUGAAGAUUGGAUGGGUGCAAGCGCUAUUGAUAAUUUAGAAAAACUGAAACGGCAAAAUGGCAAUCGGACAGUCGGAGAUUUGCGUUUGGAAUUACAAAAAACGAUGCAAAAAUUCGCUGGAGUGUUUCGCAAUCAAAAAUUACUGGAGGAAGGUUGUUUGCAAGUCGCAGAGUUGUAUAAGGAAAUAGAUAACAUUAAAGUUAACGACGAUUCAAUGAUAUGGAAUUCUGAUCUUCUCGAAGCUUUAGAAUUACAAAAUUUGUUUAUUAAUGCCAUUCAAACGAUACGUGCAAUGGAAAUGAGAAAAGAAUCACGAGGAGCCCACGCAAGAGACGAUUAUAAGAUAAGAAUAGACGAGUAUGAUUAUGCAAAACCGGUCGAAGGGCAGACAAAAAAAUCAUUUGAAGAACAUUGGCGGAAACAUACGUUAAGUUGGUUGGAAGUUGAAACCGGAAAAGUUUGUUUCACGUUCCGUCCCGUAAACGACGAGACUUUAGACGAGGACGAGUGCCCCCACGUUCCUCCAAUAAUCAGGGCCUACUGAAUAAGUAUCAAUAAUUAUGAAAAAAAUAUUUAUAUAAAUUAUACAAUUUUCCUGUACAACAGAAAAACAAAUCUGUACAGAACCAUUUGAAUCUUAAACAAUUCAAAUUUGUUGUUACUUGAAUAAAGGAAUUAAUAG